UGAUUAGUAAAUUGUUUCGAAAAGAGAAUUAAUAUGUUUAUAACAAUUUCUAUUCACCUUUCACCUGGACCUUUAACGAAACAGGACAAACACACACACACUGAAUAUCGUUAUAUUUAUUUUCCGGUUUUCGGUUCCGCCUUCGGUUACCUUUACUCUCACUUUUUCUUAUCAUCUUCAUCAUCAUAACAACCCCAAGUAGCCUCAACUGGACGCAAGUAUCAUCAUCAUCAUCAUCAUCAUCAUCGUCGUCGUUUGAAUGAAAACCGAUAACGUUAACGAAAACCUCAUCAAUAACACAAUAGCCUCAAGGUAUUGGAAGUGAUUCCAAGUGUAACAGUUAACCAGUAAACUUUUACUGGCUUAAUCAGUUUGCAACCAGAAGCGAAAACUUAAUCAGUGAUUCGUUACAAUUACCAUCAACAACAAUCAACUUGAUUGUUAAUAUUUUCAUCUAUUUCCAUUGUAAAUCUGUGAUCAUAACUUUGUGAAAAAGUUUUCAAUUUUCAAGUCUCUUCAAUUUAGAUAAUUUAACCAUCUCUUCAAUUAGUGUUUUCAAACGUGAUUAGUUUUCUACUAAUCAAUAUGCCUGAACGUGAUUACAUUUGGCCAUUAGAAUCUAUUGACAAUGUUCGUCAAAUGGUUCUUGAUUAUUACGAGACUGAUGAUAAAGAUUCAUAUGAUUCAACUGACCUCACUGAACUUAUGGUGGACAAUUGGUGGAUCAAGCGAUUCUUGAUUCACAAGGGUGGAGAUGAGGUUGAAGCAUUUAACAUGAUAAUUAAUUGUCUCAAGUGGAGGAAAAAAAUUGAGAUUCGUUCAAUUAAAGACAAUCAUUUUCCAGAGGAAAUCUAUCGUAUUGGUGCUCUAUUCAGCUAUGGACGUGAUCAAAAUGGCUUCCCAACGGUUUAUAUUAGAUUAAAGAUGGUUAAACGAUUAAAGGAAGUCUCUGAUUUGGUUAAAUUGUUCAUCACUUAUAAUUUUUACAAAGUUGAUGUCGAAUCUCAUGGACAAGGUUGGGGUUUAAUCAUUGAUUUCAAUGGAGCGGGUCUACAAAAUACUGACCUCGAUUUGGCUCGGAUGGUUAUCUUAGGUCUUAAAGCUUAUUUUCCCUCCUCUCUUGAGUACGUGCUUUGUGUUGACUUCCCUUGGAUUCUAAGAGCCUUUUGGAGGGUAAUCAAAAGCUGGAUUCCCGCUGAUCGUAAAUUCAUGUUAUCAUUUACUUCGAGAAAUCAAUUAACAUCAUUUAUCGAUCAAGAUUAUUUACCACAAUUUCUGGGUGGAAAUUGUAAGAGACCAACUAAUGAGGCUCCUUUUGGUUGUCCCAAAUUUGUCGAGUAUUGUGUCACCGAACUUGGUGUCUCAAAGGAAUCAGCUGAAAAGGUUUUCGCUCAAUAUAAACCUUACCUUUGAAGAAUCAUAGAAUUAUUAUUCUAAUUGUUGUUGAUCAAUUAAUUUAUCCUCCUCUAUUUAAUAUAUUCAAAUCUAUUUAAUGCUUAUUAUAUUUAAUGAAUAAUAAUCUCCAAAGUAUCAUGUAAUUGUAAAAAAAAAGAGUCACGAUUAAACUAACCAAAUCGACAUCGAUCUUGGUAUUGCUUAAAUCUUUUU